AUGAAGUUGGGAGCUCUUCAGCUCCUAGGGGUUCCUCUCCACCACAACCUGCGCAUGAUGCUGCCUUUGAGAGGCUUGCCAGGGGGAGCCAACCCAUCAAUUUCAGAUCUUAGAGCGGAGAUUAGUAUAUUAAACCAAAAGAUUAUCAAGAAGGAGAUCAACGUUGGAGCCUUGAGUGUUGGAUACUUUGACUUGAAGAACAAUCUUAUUGCAGAAUUUGGCGACAAAUUCAAAACUACUGUCGAAGAUCCAAAAGAAGUUGAGACUUCUCCAUCUGCCCCAACCAAUACAUCUCAACAAGAUCCUUUUGUUAAUCCUCCACUCGUCAGAACCACAAUAGUUAUUGGCCAUUUUGAGAUAAAACCUGCUCAAGCUCAUCCAAGAUCUACUCUCAAAUAUUCUCGGAGACAAGUAUCUACAUAG